AUGGAUGGUUGGAAUGAAAUUACUCGGGUUGCCGUAUCACCAUCAGAUAAUAACAACAAAAAUUAUGAUUCGGUUAUAACAUCAUUAUUGUUUGAUUCAGUUCAAAGUCUAGUUUGGAUUAGUGAUUCAAAUGGUUAUACAAAAUCUUAUCUUAAUAAUCAAUCAACUGCACCUUAUCAAUUUGAAUUAUAUCCAUAUACAAAAUUUAAUAAUUCGGAUUCAAAUCCAUUUAGUCAGUCAAAUUCAGUUAGGAAAAUAUUGUCUCAUAAACAAGGUAUAUUAUCAUUACAAAUGAAUCAAUUAAAUUUCACGUCAAGAAGAGGUUUACCAAUUGCAAAUUUUAAUAAAGAAGUUUUAAAAGAUGAAAAGUUUAAAAAAUUAAAUUCAAUGACUUUUAAUACUAUGAAUUCAGCUAAUGAAUUGAUAGUAAGUAAUGAAAAUACAUUAUUCAAUAUUGAUUUAAAUAAAUCUGCUUUAUCUACUUUAGAUUAUUCAAGCAAUGACAUUUCCAUAUUGAAUAGCUCUUCGAAAUUUUUAACAAUUGGGAAUAAUAAUGGUACUUUAUCUUUAUUUGAUUCAAAUUCAAAUUCAAUUGUAAAAGAUUUCAACACUCAUAAUGGUUAUAUAUCUGAUUUGGAUGUUAGAGGUAAUUAUAUUGCGACAUGCGGUUAUUCGAUUAAACCAAGAAAAUAUAAUUUGAAUCAACAACCAGAAUACAUGAUUGAUCCAUUAGUUAACAUUUAUGAUAUUAGAAAUAUGAAAGCAAUUGCUCCUGUUCCAUUCCCUGCUGGUGCUACUUCAAUUAGAUUUCAUCCAAAAUUAUCAAAUAUUAUAAUAAUUGCUUCAUUAACUGGUCAAAUUCAAUUUGUUGAUAUUUUUGAUCAAUCAAAUGUAUAUCUUUAUCAAGCGAAUUUAUUAAAUUCUCAAUCUCAAAUACUGCCUAAAAUGUCAAAUUUAGAAAUUAAUGAAAAUGGUGAUUAUAUAUUAUUUAAUGAUAGUUCUUCUAAUAUUCAUUUAUGGUCAAUUACUAAUUCAGGGUCUAUUAGUAAAAGUUUUGUUAAUUUUCCGGAAUCAAUUGAACAACCAGACAUAGUCGAGAAUAAAGAUGAUACAUUUAUUGAUAUUGAUGAUACUAUUCCUUUAUCCAUCAUUGGUAUGCCGUAUUAUAAAGAAUUACUAUUAUCAAAUUAUCCUUAUGAAUUAAAAUAUGUUAAAGAAACAGCAAAUUUACCAAAUCAAAUAGAUAUGGACAUGAUUAUACAAUACAACAAACAUAACAAGAUAAUGCCGUUUGAUUCAAAGAAAUUUUCAAAUUAUUUCAAUGAUGAAUAUAGAUCACUAAAAGAAUCUAAAGAUUUGCAAGUACCAAAGUUCAUAAGUGAAAAAAAUGAAGAUGAUGGUGGAGAAAAUGAAGAACUACCAGAUGAUAGUAUUUUUGAAUUCAAAAGUGAUGAACUGAAAGUUCCUAAAUGUUACUCAAGACUACAAAUUCAAUAUUCAAAGUUUGGAGUCAAAGAUUUUGAUUUCAGUUAUUAUAAUAAGUCAAAUGGACAAUAUUGCGGAUUGGAAAAUCAUACUGAUAAUUCAUAUAUAAACUCAUUGUUACAAUUGUACCGAUUUCAACCGACACUAUAUAAUCAAAUCACAACUACAUUAAAUAAAGAGUGGUUACCUACUGAUUUCAUUGAAUCACAACCUGAAGGAUCAUCAAUUUUAAAUGAAUUAGCGUAUUUAUUCGACAUGAUGUACAAGGCUAAAUCAAAUAAUGUAAAGAUUUAUAAUUUUACACAAGUGAUGAAUCAUAAUGAGGAGGUCAAACUUUUGAAUUUGAUUAAUGUAAAUGAAUUAUUAAACUUAAAUUCACAAGAGGUAAGAGGAUUGAUUAUAUCAUUCAACAAUUUCCUACUAAAUCAAUUGUCAAAAGAUUUUAAUUCACAGUUUGAAGAGUCAUUUAAUUCAACCAAAUUAUCAUAUGAAAUUGUAGUCGAAGGAAAUGGUCAUUUAUUUGAUAAAAGGUAUGGUUCAAUGUUUUCAUUAGAGUUAAUAACACCUCCAAAUAAUAUGUUAAAUAAAAUGAGUGUAUUAGUUAAUUCAAAUCAAAAUAAUUUGGGAACUGUAAGAAAGAAUAUAAAUAUUUUAACAUAUUUAGAAUUUUCCAUGAAUCAGUAUAAAACUAUCCCAUGUCAACAAUGUCAACAAUUUCAUAAUUUGGAAAUUAAAACUAGUAUAAUUGAAUUACCUAAAGUUUUAGUACUAAAUGUUAAUCUUAACAAUGAAGAAUUUGAAUUGAUAAAUAAUUUUAAAAAAUGGUUAGUACCUGAAUUUUAUGCAAUUAAAAAUAAUAAAAAUAAUAAUGGUUAUUCAUUUAAAGCAUAUCCAACAAACAAAGAAGAAGCAAAAUAUGAAUUAUUAGGAUACAUAUGUGAAAUCAGUCAUCAUGCAGAUGUAUUAAGAAAUGGUACUCAUAGUUUAGUAUCAUACAUUAAAACAGAAAAUGGUUGGUUUUUAUUUAAUGAUUUUUUAGUCAUGCCUAUUUCAGAAGAUGAAGUUUAUAAUUUAAACCUAACUUGGAAAAAACCAGUUAUAAUAUUAUACCAACAGGAAGAUCAACCAAAAUUUAAGUAUUUUUCAGAUUAUUCAAAUUUCCAAGGCGAUGAUUCAAUUUUAUAUCGUGAUCAUUUUGCUGGUCCAAUAAGAGAAUCAUAUCAAAAAGAAUAUAAAUUAUUAACUAAAUCAGAAGCUCCCAAACCAGGAACAUUAGUUGCAAUAGAUGCAGAAUUUGUUGUUUUAAAUCCCGAAGAAUUGGAAAUUUCAUAUAAUGGAGAUAAAAAAUUAAUAAAACCAAAACAAUUAUCCUUAGCUAGAAUUUCAGUAUUACGUGGUUGUGAUGGUAUUGCUUUUAUUGAUGAUUAUAUUGUUCAUACAUCUCAUAUUUAUGAUUAUCUUACCAAUUUUUCCGGAAUUGAACAAAAUGAUUUAAAUUUAAAUAAAUCUUCAAAAAAUUUGACUACUUUACAAACUACGUAUCGUAAAUUAUGGUUAUUAUUAAAUUUGGGGGUUAUUUUCAUUGGUCAUGGAUUGUAUAAUGAUUUUAGAACUAUUAAUUUACAAGUACCACAAGAACAAAUUAGAGAUACUUUAAUAUUAUAUUAUAAAGCUGAUUUUAAAAGGCAAUUGAGUUUAAAAUUUUUAGCCUAUAUUUUGUUACAAAAAAAAGUUCAAUCUGGAAAUCAUGAUUCAAUUGAAGAUGCAAAUACUGCUUUAUUAUUGUAUAAAAAAUAUUUAAAAUUGACUGAAGCUGGAACUUUUGAAAAUGCAUUGGAUUAUAUAUAUUCUGAAGGUCAACAAUUGAGAUAUAGAGUGCCAGAAUGA